AUGGACACACUCGAACCUCCAUUGCUGCAACCGAGCAGUGACUUGGUUAUGCAGCUACAUGAUAAUCUCCAUGGGGCACUUAUUAACGGGAUGUUGUCAAACGGCAACGAAAAUGGUUUUGUUGACCCUAGAGUCUUAAUCUCUACAGAAGAUGCAGAGAUUGCCUAUGAUAAUCUUGAACCCGAUGAUGAGAUGGACUCGUCAUCAUCAGAGGAUACAAAGAUUAUAGCUACUCCACGCAAAGCCUAUCUACCUACAGGGUGCUGUUAUGACGAUCGAAUGAAGUUGCACGCCAUCGGAGACUUCUCAGAUAAUACCCCGCAUCCAGAAGAUCCUCGACGAAUAGAAGCAAUAAUGAGAGCAUUCAAAGAGGCUGGCUUGCUAUACACUGGUAGUCCGGAAGACGUUGAUAGGAUACUCAAAGAGUCACCUACAAAGUACAUGUUACGUAUUCCAGCCAGAGUAGCAAGCAAAGACGAAAUUUGUACGGUGCAUUAUGCAGGGCACUUUGAAUGGGUUGAGUCCUUAUCAAAGAAAACAUCCGAAGAUUUGCGUGAGCUAAAUACUAUAAUGGAUGCCGGUCGAAAGUCGCUAUAUGUUGGACUUUGUACUUUUGAAGCUGCCUUAAUCUCCGCGGGCGGCGCAAUAGAAACUUGCAAAAAUGUUGUCGAGGGACAUGUAAAAAAUGCCAUUGCCGUCAUCCGGCCCCCUGGACACCAUGCAGAGGCGAACGAGUCGCUAGGGUUUUGUGUUUUCAAUAACGUACCUGUCGCUGCUAAAAUCUGUAUGCUCGAUUAUCCCAAGUUAUGUAGGAAGGUAUUAAUUCUGGAUUGGGAUAUUCAUCAUGGAAAUGGCACGCAGAACAUGUUCUACGAAGACCCAAACGUCUUAUACAUUUCGCUUCACGUGUACGAAAAUGGAAAUUUUUAUCCAGGUCAACCUGACGAUCCUGAUCUUCCCGAUGGGGGGAUUGAUAAGGUCGGGACUGGAGCCGGCAUCGGCAAGAAUGUCAAUAUUGGUUGGCCCAGUCAAGGUAUGGGAGAUGGAGAAUACAUGGCAGCUUUUCAAAAGAUCGUCAUGCCAAUCGCCCAAGAGUUUGAUCCGGAUCUUGUCAUUAUAUCAGCCGGAUUUGACGCUGCUGCGGGAGAUGAACUCGGAGGAUGUUUUGUAACACCUGGCUGCUACUCUCACAUGACACAUAUGCUCAUGUCCCUAGCUGGGGGCAAAGUGGCUGUUUGUCUUGAAGGAGGUUAUAAUCUAAAGGCAAUUUCACGGUCCGCUCUUGCAGUGGCCAAAACUUUAAUGGGUGAACCACCAAUCCGACAACCAAUUCCACCAUUAAAUCGAGUCGCAGCCGAGGUCUUCGAAGAAGUCAAAUACUAUCAAUCUCCAUAUUGGGAAUGUAUGCGAUCUGGAGUCAUUGACUACAAGGAAGCAAAAUUUAAAGGCGCCACCCGCCUGGAUGAUAUUGUUCGGAAUUACCAGAGUAAUGUACUGAGUAAGAACUAUCAGAUGGUUUCCCUGUGGGUUCAACGACAUCAACUCGCAAGAUCGUUUGAUCAUCAAGUUAUGGUCACUCCGUAUAUAAAAUCUGCGACGAGGAUAUUGCUAAUCGUCCAUGAUCCCCCGGAGCUACUGGCUACUCCCGAUCCAUUUACAGCUAAAGUCGAGUUGCACAACUCAUAUCUUGUCGACCCUGUCACUGAAUAUAUUGCCUGGGCCAUUGAAAAUAAAAUUGGUGUUAUGGAUAUUAACAUCCCACUGAAUACGGACACCUUUCCCCCUGCCACCGGUGGUUAUAAUCCUCGCUCGGGUGUCUUCGAACUCGAAAGUCAAAUACAAGAUUUGGUUGGCUAUAUCUGGGACAAUUUUAUUCAACUUUAUGAUUCGGAUAAUAUCAUACUUAUGGGAGUUGGCGAUUCUUACCUCGGUAUUAAACAAUUACUCACCAUCAGAGAUUGCCGUCCUCGUAUCGCCGGUGUACUAGCCUUCAUAACUGGUAGCCUUCGACCCGUCAAGAGCGAAACGGAUUCAACUCUGAGUAGUUGGUACAAGUCAAAUAGUGAAAUUUACGUUGCUGAUAAACAUGCUUGUUGGAAUGACGAGGAAAGCAUUAGAAAGGUAAGGAAGCAGCGCUUUGGGAAUGUGGUGCGUAGUGAGGAGACGGGUUUGGUGAAAAUGUUACAGAGGCAUCAAUCAAGUGCCAAGUCGUGGAUAUUAGGAAAGUUUGAGGAAAAAGCGAAGGAUGAUGAGGUGAUGACUAUGGAAGAUGAGGUGUCUGUGGCCGACGUCGAUGGUGCUAAGAAAUUAACCAUGGGGGAUAUGCAAUUGAUGUGA